AUGGCUUCGCAUAUGCUACCAGCCGAAUAUGUUACCCCGGAGUUUCCAUCCCUAUACCUCCCGUUUAAGCCUCUAAACCAAACGCCGAAACAUCUCUAUCAUAUGGAAGAUGUCUGGCGGUUCACAUUGUAUUGGACACUGAUAUUCUAUGGCGGGACUCAUAUGGGUGUAGCAUUCUACGCUGCUAUCCGGCAGCGACAAAGUUGGAAGCUUAUGUGGGCUAUUCCACUCGUAUACGCAAUUGUCUCUGCACUGGAAGCUCUGUUAGCCGGAAGUGUUGUUGGACUAAUUCUCGGAUUAGUUUAUGAGGCGGGAAGUUUUCGAAUGUCAACAUGGGUGCCAUUCGCCUGGGGCUGCAUAAACGUGCUGGUUCUCAUUGUGUCUUGUUUCUCAUUCCAUGGUGGACUAUGA